GAUACCACUGAGUAAAAUUGAUGCUGGUAUCGGCGAUGCCAAUGUCAUAUAACAUAAAGAUUAAAACUAUGUAAACUAUAUGAAAAUGGUAAAUAAGUAAAUAUUAAUAAUUGUCAUUGUUUGGCAGAUAUAUUGGUUUUCGAUCGAUUUCAGCGCAUAAAGAGUUGUAUCGAUAUUUCAGUAUCAAUCCGCACGUGGCUAGCAAGUAGAAACGUCACAAUGUAGCAACGCAGCCGAAGCUAACCAACCUCACUCGAUGGAGUUUGCAGGAACGUGACCUUCAUUAAGGAAGAAUGAAAAGAGGCGGAGUCUCCCAUCCUGUUCUAUAGGAAAUAAAGCUACCGCAGUGCUUCGGUUGCCAGGCAACAACGCCUCACUAUAAUGGCCGGUCAACAAUGGGCCUGGGAGCUGGUCCGCUUCCAGCAUCCGCCUCCAAAAGAGGCGCCCACAAGUCCUGCUGGCCCCCAGAGCCUCCCGUGUCCACACAUGGAUCCACUCAUCCGCCGACACACUCCCACCCGUGGGCAAGGAGGAGAGGAACCUGUUAAAGAUAUCUGCAACACUGGAGGAUGAAGAUGCUGAUGGUUGACUGCCCUUCAAAGCCGUGCUGCUAAGCUACGCUAAUGAGCCCUUUUACUACAUCCAAAGUUUUCCAGCUCAGUGGAAUCAGCGCCUGUGUCCUUCCUGCUGCUGUUUCCUGCAGGAAAGAGGACAGCGAAAGAGAGGAUCGGGUAAUGAUCAUAGGUCACCGUGGCUUUGAAAGCAUCACAAAAAACAUCUCACACAUUUGAAGGAUCUUUGAUGACAGGAAUUCUUCCAGCCUGGAACGCCGGAGGUCUUCAGAUAGCAGCGCAGGAAUGAACGGCUUGUGGCAUGCGGCCAUGAUUGUUUGCAUCCAAGGUCGUGUUCAAGCCAGGUGGAUGAGAGGGAAUCGAUAGCUGCGCUCGCCCGUUUUGUCUCCAUCCGUUUUUCACCAGCUGGCUUCCACGGAUGACGGCAAAGAAAGGACACUGUCUAUGUUCAUCAGUCUUGUCCAAGGAAGUCGACGUGGUGUUGGCUAAGCUGGACUUUUCAGACGUGAUAAUGUUGAAAGCAGGUGAGCACCGUGUGUCACGAUGACGCCAUUCCCGGAUCGUGUAGCGAACUCCAAGCUGCCGCCACCUCAUCGUUUUCAUCCUGCUCUCACUGUGAGUGAAGUGUGCUGAGUCAGACAAGGACCCUUUGCACGCUUGAGGCGCUAAAUCAUUCCACCUUUUUACUGCUUUUAUUUGACCAGAACCCUCCCGAGCGAGGCCAUUUGUUCUCAUUAGGGGGAAACUCCAACACUUAAACGACACUUGUGGGUAAAAGCUUUCCCACAAAGUCUGCAGUGACUCGCGAUGACUUGUCGUUAUUUUAUUUCUCCGUGUGUCUGUGUGAGCUUCUGUGCGCUAAGUGGCUCCAUGUGUGUUCCGACCGAACUGUCAGGCACAACUUCAAGAACUGUCCUGUGAAGAUGUCACCUUUUAAAGCAAACACACAGCAGGCUAACUGUAAAUGUAUAAACAUGACUUGAUGUUGUAAUGUACCUGCCGUCCACUAGGGGCAGCUGUGAGUCAAUGAGGUCACGGAAGAAAGAGGAACACGUCACAGGAACACAACACGCAACGUAACCUACCGAAGUACAAUACCCAUGAUAGACAAAUACACAUAUAUUACUACCGCAAGGUAUGCUGGGUAGCAAAAUAUUUUGAGGAGGUCGUCUGAGAAGUAAACAAGGAGGAGUUAACAUAAUAAACAAUGUUUUAUUGUUCGUAUUGUUGCUGGGCUACCCAGCAUGCCUUGCGGGCAUUUGGAAACAGCAGUUUUAAGUUGCGUGUUAUGUUGUAGUAGUCGAUGUCUGUGAUGCCUUUACGACAAUACGUUUUGUACACUUCUACCUUAAACCGACAUUUACAGUAUUUGAACUGGACUACGUUAUGGUGUUGUGAUGUUCUGUUGCUGUCUUCUUGUGUGAUUGAUGCGUCCAAUGAUGUGUAGGUUCUGAAUGCUGCUGGAGGUCCUGUCUGGAGAGCCAUGAUGUGCAUCCUGAUGAGAUCCUGAGGACUGUCUCCGUUUUAAUCCAAAGAUAAAUGAUUCGGCCCAGAAAGCCAUGGAGGUGCGUCACGACUCCUCGGUUGGGCCCACCGGUCCUUGAAGAUAAAAGACGGCUGUGUGGUGUUGAAAGAGGCAUUUUUAAAGCAAUGAAAAAGACCAGAGAGAACAAGAAAAGAGGCCCUUUCUGCCUAUUGAUGCUGCUGUUGCCAUGGUGACCAGAUCAACUUUCAUCCUCCAAUCAGAAGUGACCUUUCAGCUGGAGUCGCUGCCAGUCACCAACCAGCCCACCUACCACCCAAAAAGCCCUCGGGUGUCCAAGUACUGCAGGAUUUUACACAGGGGGGGUUCUGAUGCACUGAAGCUGCCUUUGUUUGGCCCAGGAGGGAAGGGAGGAGAGAGGGAGGGAAGGAGGAGACUUUUUAAACUUGGAGCAAACCCGGAGGAGUCAGAGUGGUCUCCAUCUCUCGCUCGUGAGCAGGAUUUAAUUUCCAUCCUCCACAAGCUUGUCAAGAUGAUCUCACGGAUUCCUCCCUGGUUUGUUGGAUUAUUGCUCCACAUCCUCGGCUGCUCGUCCGGGUACCAGCUGGACGACCGAGGUUCUCAUGGAGAUCUGGACCUGACCGAGCUGAUCGGCGUCCCCCUCCCGCCGUCCGUGUCCUUCGUCACAGGCUUCCAGGGCUACCCCGCCUACAGCUUCGGAGCGGGCGCCAACGUGGGCCGCCUCACCAAGUCGUUCAUCCCCGACCCGUUCUACUACGACUUUGCCAUCACCGUCACGGCCAAGCCCACCACAAGGCGGGGCGGCAUCCUCUUCGCCAUCACGGACUCUUACCAAAAAGUGGUGCAGUUAGGCGUGGCGCUGUCCGAGGUGGAGGACGGUUCCCAGAGGGUGGUCUUAUACUACUCCGACCCCACCACAGGAGGCAAGACACAGGAAGCAGCUUCCUUCAAGAUGGCGGACAUGACGGGACGGUGGGCCAGGUUCACCAUUACGGUGCAAGGCGCAGAGGUGCGUCUCUUCAUGGACUGCGAGGAGUACCACCGUGUCGCCUUCACCAGGAGCCCCCAACCUUUGACCUUUGAGGCCAGCUCGGGGAUCUUUGUAGGCAACGCCGGAGGUACCGGCCUGCCCCGCUUUGUGGGCUCCAUCCAGCAGCUGGUGCUGAAGUCCGAUCCCACGGCCCCCGAUGACCAGUGUGAGGAAGAUGACCCUUAUGCGUCUGGAUUCGGAAGCGGCGAUGGCGUCUACGAAGACAUGGAGGGAGAAGAAGAAGUGAAGAAGGUUGUGGAGGAGAGGGAGUAUAAAGAGGUGGACCCCACCGACAGCACCCCGGUCCCAGCUCCGCCCACUGAGAUGCCAAGCAGUAUUAUUGAUGAUGAAGAUGAUGAUGACGGUGAAGAAGACAGCGAGGAGGCGUCAGGGCGGGAAGUGGAGGUUCCCACCGCUGAAGUCAAACCAACACCAAGCACAGCAACUGCAGCCGCCAAACCAGACUCUGUGCCAACCACACCGAUAAAAGGCGACAGAGGCGAACCGGGUCCACCAGGGCCCCCAGGACCCACCGGCCCUCCAGGACAUGGCUCUGGAUCCGGAGCCGAGCCUGGACCUAGCGGUCCACCGGGACCUCAGGGCCCUCCAGGCCCACCUGGAGCUGCAGGGAAGGACGGCCAGCCUGGAAGCAAAGGGGAAACUGGCGCUCUUGGAGAAAAUGGCAUUCCGGGAUUUCCAGGGCUUCAAGGAGAGCCUGGACCGAAAGGGGAAAAGGGCGAUACUGGGGUUGGAAUGCCUGGCCUACCAGGACCUCCCGGACCUCCAGGACGCCUGUCCUUCCUGGAGGGUUCAGGAUCCGGCUUGGAGGACUUUGAUGGAGAUGCAGACAUCAUCCGAGGACCACCCGGCCCUCCAGGACCCCGAGGCCCCCCUGGAGCCUCGUCUGAGGCCGUCAUUCCUGGACCACCUGGACCCGCUGGGAAAGAUGGAGAGAAAGGAGAAUCCGGACUUCCUGGAGUAGAUGGAAAGGAUGGAGAGCAAGGACCUGCUGGAGAGAAAGGAGACAAGGGAGAACCCGGACAGGGCGGUGGACCAGGACUAAAGGGAGAUCAAGGCCCACAAGGCUUUCCGGGACUUCCAGGACCAGAGGGCCCAGAGGGGAGAUCCGGCCCCAGGGGUCCACCCGGUCCCCCUGGACCGCCCGGUCCACCGGCGAGAGGAUUUCCCCUUGACUUUGAGGACCUGGAAGGGUCGGGACUGCUGAGUGGUUUUGGAUCAGGACAUCCGGGAGUGCCAGGAGUUCAGGGAGCCAAGGGUGAAGAAGGUCUGCAGGGUCCUCCAGGAGAGCCAGGUCUUAAGGGCGAACUCGGAGUUGCAGGUCCACCCGGGCCAACAGGACCACAGGGGGCGAGAGGUUCAGAGGGUCCUAAAGGAGACGUUGGCGCUACAGGACUGAAGGGAGAGCCAGGACGGGACGGGCUCAGUCUACCUGGCCCACCAGGACCUCCUGGGCCACCAGGUCUCGUCACCAACCUCCAGGAUCUCCUCCUUAACGACACAGAUGGCGUCUACAACUUCUCAGGGAUUUUGGAGGCUCAGGGACUCGCAGGACAGCCGGGUCCUAAGGGAGACACUGGACUGCAAGGUCUUCAGGGACCAGCGGGACUCAAGGGUGAAAAGGGCGAGCCGGGAAUGAUCAUCGCUGGUGAUGGAUCAAUGUCAAGCCUGGCGGGUGUAAUUGGACCUAAAGGGGACAAGGGCGAUAGCGGUGCAAGAGGACCGGCUGGAGCAUCAGGACCUAUCGGAAUGCCGGGGCCAAAGGGCGAAUUUGGCUUUCCGGGAAGACCUGGGCGUGCUGGUGUGAUGGGACCCAAGGGAGAGAAAGGAGACUCAGUGGGCCAGCCUGGACGUCCAGGGCCUCCUGGACCGCCGGGCCGUCCCGGGAUAUUCCGAUACCAGAGAGGACCCCUGCAGACCGUGUUCCCCAUCCCUCCCAGGCCGUUCUGCAAAGUGCCUCUCAACGGAAGCUUGCCGAUCGGCCAAUGUCAGAAUGGACAGAAAGGAGAAAAGGGCGAGCGAGGACUUCCCGGCAUCCCGGCGCCACCUGAUUAUCAAAAAGGACGGGGAAUGAAGGGCGACCAAGGCAUCGCAGGAGAGAAAGGCCAGAGGGGAGAUGCAGGGUCACCUGGGCAACCAGGCAGCCCCGGGAGACAAGGCCUGGUGGGACUCAAAGGGGAGUCGGUGGUCGGCCCUCCUGGUCCCCGCGGGGCACCUGGCGCCCCAGGCGUUGGACCUCCUGGACCACCUGGGCCACCAGGCCCUCCGGGGGGUCACUCAGUGUCGCCGUACGGCUCAGGUUCAGGCUCAGGUGGAAACGCUUUGACUUAUUCCGGCCCGCCUGGACCACCUGGACCUCCUGGACCACGUGGACCCUCAGGAGGCUCCGCUACUGUGAAAACCUUCGCCACCAUGGAGGCGAUGAUGCAAAAGACAUUCAGGGACGCAGAGGGGACGCUGGUCUUUGUCACUGGGACAGGAAGUCUCUUCCUCAAGGUCUCUCAGGGAUGGAAGGAGAUACAGCUUGGCAGCCUGGUCUACCAUUCCAGUAACAUCAUAACACAAACUGAGCCUCGGGCUGCACAGCAGAUCAAAGCCGACACAAUCAAGCGUGUGCCUUCGUCUAAAGACAGACUCAACCUGGUGGCGCUCAACCAGCCCCACUCGGGCGACAUGACGGGCCUGGACAACGCCGACCAGCUGUGCUACCAGCAGGCCAAAGCCAUGGGCCUGCCCCACAACUACCGAGCCUUCAUCUCCUCCGGCAAGCAGGACCUGGUCCACGUGGUCUACCCCGGCUUCAGGGACACUCUGCCCGUGACCAACCUCAGGGGGGACGUGCUGUUCAGGAACUGGAGGUCCAUCUUUAGCGGCGAAGGGGGCGCCAUCAAUACCAGGAUACCCAUUUAUUCCUUUGAUGGACGGGAUGUUCUAGCCGACCCCUUCUGGCCUCAGAAGAGCAUCUGGCACGGCUCCACCAGCAGGGGGAUGCGCGUGGUGGACAAGCACUGCGAGACCUGGCGGGCCGACCACGUGUCCGUCACGGGCCAGUCCUCCUGCCUGACCUCCGGGCUGCUCCUGGGCCAGGAGACGCGGAGCUGCUCCAACGAGUACAUCGUCCUUUGCGUGGAGACCCACAAGAACCCUUAGCGACGCCGCGCCGUCACGGACAGAGAUGUGUUGUGGCCUUUGAGGCGCUCACGUACGCCGUGAGGCUGGAAUCGUCCCGUUUGUGCCUUGACGGAUCGUCCCUUUGGCACAUAUAAUGAAGCAUUCAUGCAGGGCCAGUUUUCACUUAGUUGUAGCCAUCAUUCUGUCGGGAAUGUGCUAGAUGUGAGCUUAAUCUAUGCAGCAUCUUUUUUUCCAAGAGACCAAUUGACGUAAGUCAUAUUCCCCCCAAAUUGUCCCCCCCUGAGGAUGGAUGUGUCUCCACGAGGAGGGUCAUGUUUACAGGUUGUCAUGGAGAUUUUUUAAAAACAGUAUUAAUAUUGAAAUGGCCAAAGCUUCUUUUCCACUAUUUACAUUUUGUUUGCCCCUCCAGUGACCACCAAAUUGAAAUGCACUGUACUUCAUUGUUUAUUUUCUAGAAUGUUUUUUUUUAAUCUCGAUAGGCUAUUUAAUUUAAAUCCAGUGAAUUAUUUAUACCGUCACAGCACAUAAACAUGAAAUCAAAAGAUCUAAGAAUGUAAUUUAUCUUUUUUUUUAUUAUUUGUCUCAUGUUGUGUCUCUUUCUUUUUUGUACUUUUGUGUUUUAGUAGAUUGAAAAUGGAGCUGAGUUCAAAUGUUUAUUUUCGGGGUGGGGGACGCCAGUAUUUACAUGAUACUGGACUUUUAAACAUUUUAACUAGCGAUGUUUUUUCAUGCUGAAAAGUAAAAUGUAGAAAAACAAAUGUGUUGGUGCUUGGUUCAAUAAAGUUUUU